UCCACACCAACAACAACGUCGUGAAUCUCCCCCAAAACGUGCAUUAAUGGCCAGAAGUGCUUCACACCAAAAACAAAAACAACAAAUGUCGCCAGAUGAAUGGCUGAAAAAAUUAGAAGCAGAUUCUGCCGGGUUCCGAGAUAAUGAUGGAGAAGAUGGAGAAUUACAUUCAGAACUUAAAGGAGGGCAAAGAGGAGGAAAGGGCGGUGGUGGAGGAGGAGUGAGAGGACAACAAGAAAUGAAUGGCGGUCCAACAGCCACAUUUGGUGUAGCUUCAAAACAACAAUUAGCAAUGGGUUCUGGACCUAAUAGAAGGCGCAAACAAGGUUGUUGUUCUGUUUUGUGAUUUUUCUUUAAAUUUUUUCCAAGA